CCUUUUGACAUUACGAGACGUAAGGACACGCGAACGUAGGCAAAGUCUAGCCAACGUUCGCUGUAAUUUAUUAGUGAUGUCUCGUAAAAAAGCCAAUGAGGAGACGGACAAACUUACACGUAUUGCGAUUGUGAAUGCUGAUCGCUGUAAACCGAAAAGAUGUAGGCAGGAGUGUAAGAAGAGUUGCCCUGUAGUGCGUAUGGGAAAGCUUUGCAUCGAAGUAACUCCUAACGACAAGAUCGCGACCAUAUCAGAAGAACUGUGCAUUGGUUGCGGUAUUUGUGUCAAGAAAUGUCCUUUUGAUGCUAUCACCAUUAUUAACAUCCCAUCAAACUUAGAUAAACAUACAACUCAUAGAUACUCAAAGAACUCUUUCAAACUCCAUCGACUGCCGAUACCACGACCUGGAGAAGUUCUUGGUCUUGUAGGUCAGAACGGUAUUGGAAAGUCAACUGCCUUGAAGAUUCUUGCCGGGAAGCAAAAACCCAACUUGGGUAGAUAUGCUGACCCUCCAGAUUGGCAAGAGAUUUUGUCUCAUUUCCGUGGCUCUGAGCUUCAAAACUUCUUCACUAAAAUCCUUGAAGAUGACCUAAAGGCUCUUAUCAAACCACAAUAUGUGGAUCAAAUUCCUAAAGCUGUGAAAGGAACGGUUGGUCAAUUGCUCGAUAAGAAGGAUGAAAGAAAUAAUCAGGCUGAAAUAUGUGCUAUGCUUGAUUUAACCCAUAUUCGUAAUCGUGAAAUUGCGGCAUUGUCUGGUGGAGAGCUACAGCGUUUCGCUUGUGCCAUGGUUUGCAUACAAAAUGGCGACAUAUUCAUGUUUGACGAACCAUCUUCCUACUUAGAUGUCAAGCAACGUUUGAAUGCAGCUAGAACUAUACGUUCGCUCAUAGAUCCUGAUAAGUUCAUUAUAGUGGUAGAGCAUGACUUGUCAGUUUUGGAUUAUUUGUCUGAUUUCAUCUGCUGUUUAUAUGGUGUUCCCGGUGCUUAUGGUGUGGUUACUAUGCCUUUCUCCGUUCGAGAAGGUAUAAAUAUUUUCCUUGAUGGGUUUGUGCCCACUGAAAAUAUGAGAUUCAGAACUGAAUCACUUGUCUUCAAGGUAGCAGAAUCUGCUACAGAGGAAGAGAUAAAAAGGAUGAACCACUAUGAUUACCCCGAAAUGACUAAAUCAAUGGGUGACUUCAGCCUGCGUGUGAUGCAAGGAGAAUUUUCAGAUUCUGAGAUAUUAGUGUUGCUUGGUGAGAAUGGUACUGGUAAAACAACAUUUAUCAGAAUGUUAGCCGGUAACUUGGAGCCUGAUGAAGGUGCAAACCAAUUGCCUCAGCUACAUAUUAGUUAUAAGCCACAGAAAAUCUCGCCAAAAUCUCAAGGAUUAGUGCGCAGUCUGCUUCAUGACAAGAUUAGAGAUGCAUACACACACCCACAGUUCAUAACAGAUGUAAUGAAGCCUAUGAAGAUUGAAGAGAUCAUGGACCAGGAGGUACAGAAUCUAUCUGGUGGUGAAUUGCAACGUGUCGCUUUGGUGCUUUGCCUUGGAAAACCAGCUGAGGUCUACCUCAUUGACGAACCCUCAGCAUACCUUGACUCUGAACAACGUUUGGUUGCUGCUAAAGUUAUAAAACGAUUCAUUCUCCACGCUAAACGGACUGGUUUCGUAGUCGAGCACGAUUUCAUCAUGGCUACGUAUUUAGCUGAUCGGGUUAUAGUAUUUGAAGGAACACCCUCUUCUUAUGCAACAGCCCAUGCACCGCAGUCUCUACUCAAUGGCAUGAACAAGUUCUUAGAGCUCCUUGGGAUUACGUUCAGACGGGAUCCGAACAAUUUCAGACCUAGGAUCAAUAAGCAUGCCUCAGUUAAGGACAUAGAACAGAAACGGGCAGGCCAGUAUUUCUUCUUGGAAGACUAAUUGCUGUUAUAAAGAUAUUUAUAUAUGUAUAUUGAAGCUAAUGCAUCUGUCACAAUGUUGAUGGUCUGCCAUCUGUGUAUUUCCAAAUGAAUGUAUUACUGUAAUAAAUCAAUUUUUUACAA